UGCUUCUGCUCUCUCCAGCCCUGACGCCCCGGUUUCCUACUUACUUCUUUUUCGCUUUUUACCUUUCUCUUUCCUUCGCAGUUCAGCAUGCAGAAACAAGACGCCUCCUCGCACGGGUUCCUGCCUAGCUUCCAACAUUUCGCCACGCAGGCCAUCCAUGCGGGCCAGGAACCGGAGCAGUGGAACUCCCAGGCUAUGGUGCCUCCCAUCUCACUGUCCACCACGUUCAAGCAAGGGGCGCCCGGCCAGCAUUCGGGUUUUGACUACAGCCGUUCUGGAAAUCCCACUAGGAACUGUUUGGAAAAAGCAGUGGCAGCACUGGAUGGAGCUAAGUACAGUUUGGCCUUUGCUUCGGGUUCAGCAGCCACUGUGAUGAUUACCCAUCUUUUAAAAACAGGAGACCAUAUUAUUUGCAUGGAUGAUGUAUAUGGAGGUACGAACACGUACUUCAGUAAUGUGGCAAGUGAAUUUGGAUUAAAGAUUUCUUUUGUUGAUUGUUCCCAAACCAAAUUACUAGAGGCAGCAAUUACACCAGAAACCAAGCUUGUCUGGGUUGAAACCCCCACAAACCCUUGCUUGAAGAUGAUUGACAUUGAAGCUUGUGCACAUAUAGUCCAUAAGCAUGGAGACAUUAUUUUGGCUGUGGAUAACAGUUUUAUGUCAGCAUAUUUCCAG